CCCUCACUGCUUCCUGUCUGAGUGAGCCGACAACAGCACUCUGUCUGCGGGGUAUCGGCAUGGGCACUGGCUGCUCACCUCAACAACUUUUCCACUCUCUAGCGGCUUCACUUAAGCGACAUUUAUCCUCCGGAAAUGGAUUCUUGGGCGGAAUAAACCAAAGCUGAGCGCCGCGCGGCUUGAAGGAACAGCUCGAAGCAAAGGCUCGUGAAUCUAGUUGUUGAAAUUGUUCGCGGAGGAAAGGAAAAAUGCCAGUCGCAACUCUUCUGCCUUUCACCUCUACCCCGAAUAGGAAGUCUGUCAGCGCCACUUCUUUCAGGUUGACGGAGAAAUUCAUCUUGCUGCUGGUGUUCAGCGCCUUCAUUACCUUGUGUUUCGGGGCUAUUUUCUUCCUGCCGGACUCGUCCAAGCUGCUGAGCGGAGUUUUCUUUCGUUCCUCCGCGGUGGAGACGAACACGCGCACCGGUCCGGACGGCAGUGAGCCCGGCUCGGCUGGAAACGAUGGCCGGGUUUUGGAUAAGAUCCGAAAAGACCACGACAAGGCGCUGCUGGAGGCCAAGGAUAUCCUCCAGAAGCGGCCAGACGACAUCAAAAACGACAUCCUCUCUGACAAGAACAAAGUUCCGAACAGUUCGGAUCAAAACGGGAAGAAGGCCAACGAUCUACCGUCCGUUGAGUUCCACCGCCCGCCCGGGGCGAUAGGCAGCGAACCCCGGGACCCCGAAACCAGGGAGAGACGGGCCAAAGUCAAGGAGAUGAUGAAGCACGCGUGGGACAGCUACCGGCGCUACGCCUGGGGUUCAAAUGAGCUCAGGCCGGUCUCCAAGCAAGGCCACUCCAGCAAUCUAUUUGGGAGCAUUAAAGGAGCCACGAUAGUGGACGCUCUGGACACGCUCUUCAUCAUGGAGAUGUCCGAGGAGUUCAACGCCGCCACGGAGUGGGUGGAGAAGAACCUGGACUUCAACGUGAAUGCAGAAGUGUCAGUGUUUGAGGUGAACAUCAGGUUCGUCGGAGGUCUGCUGUCUGCAUACUACCUGUCAGGAAAGGAGGUGUUUCGGCAAAAGGCAGUGGAGUUGGGCGAGAAGCUGCUUCCAGCUUUCAGGACAUCCACCGGCAUCCCCUGGGCUCUGCUCAACCUCAAGAGUGGUGUUGGUAGGAACUGGCCAUGGGCGUCAGGUGGCAGCAGCAUCCUGGCAGAAUACGGCACGCUUCACCUGGAGUUCAUGCAUCUCAGCAAGCUCUCUGGAAACCAAGAGUUUGCUCAGAAGGUAAUGAAUAUCAGGAAAGUUCUCAACAGACUGGACAAACCUCAGGGGCUCUACCCUAACUACCUAAAUCCCAACAGCGGUCAGUGGGGUCAACAUCACGUGUCUGUCGGUGGCCUGGGAGACAGUUUCUAUGAGUACCUGCUCAAGGCCUGGCUGAUGUCUGAUAAGACCGACGAGGAGGGGAAGAAGAUGUACUACGACUCCCUGCAGGCCAUAGAAACCAGCCUGAUCCGGAAGUCCAGUGGGGGGCUGACCUACAUAGCCGAGUGGAAAGGGGGGCUGCUGGAGCACAAGAUGGGCCACCUGACAUGUUUUGCUGGCGGCAUGAUCGCUCUGGGAGCUGACGGUGCGCCUGGAGACAAGACAGGCCACCAGAUGGAGCUGGCAGCAGAAAUCGCCCGCACCUGUCACGAGUCGUACGCCAGGACAGCCUUAAAGCUCGGUCCAGAGGCGUUCCGUUUCGACGGCGGGGUGGAGGCCAUCGCCACUCGCCAGAACGAGAAGUAUUUCAUCCUGCGGCCGGAGGUCAUCGAGACCUACAUGUACAUGUGGAGGUUCACCCACGACCCCAAAUACCGGGAGUGGGGCUGGGAGGCGGUGCAGGCCUUGGAGCGGCAUUGUAAAGUGGAAGGAGGCUACAGCGGCGUCAGAGACGUCUACUCCUCAAACCCGAGCCUCGACGACGUACAGCAGAGCUUUUUCUUGGCCGAGACGCUCAAGUAUCUGUACCUGCUCUUCUCGGAAGACGACCAGCUGCCGUUCGACCACUGGGUCUUCAACACGGAGGCGCACCCUCUGCCCGUCAUCAGGAAGGAGCAGACGGACCGGCCCAACGAGGUGGAGUAGGGGAGUCCCACCGACCUGCAGUCCUGUAGACCUGAGCCUGGAAGAGCGGCGGCCGGCGGCUGGAACCGAGCUCCUCCUCUGCUUAAUGUUUUUCACCGGGAGUCCAAACACUGUUCUGCUGCAGCGAUAACGUCUGCUCCUGACGCCGUGACCACCACCAGUGGACGGGACGUACGAACUGAUUCUACGAGUUUGAGGCUCCUGGAACGACCCGGCACAACCAGGGCCUCUUUCACAUAACCCUUCCUCCUCACCUGCCCGGGACUCUUCCGUCCUCUUCCUCGGUGUUUACACAGAGUUUCCCUCCUCUUCUACUGCUGGGUUUCCUUUCCUGGACGGGCGUUUCCCCGAAACUCUUCAUUUUCCUUCAGCAGCUCACCCCCCCCCCCCCCCCCCCCCCCGCCAGGGCCUUCUCUCCUCUGUGAGGACCCCCGCUCCGCCCGCCCCCAUAUGAAGCCAUACUGAUGCGACGCAGCUUUAGCUUUUGUCCCGCCGCCCCGCCGCCGUCUCCUCACUUCAGUCCGGUGCCUUCACUGUUGAAGAGAGCAGCGAUGGAGGAGCAGCUCGCCAAAAAAAAACAACCCAAAGAAGCAGCUUCAGAGUCCUGCAGCAGGCGUGGAUCAGAGGAUGGAACCUCCAGCAUUUCAUUUCAGAGGAGCUUCAGCCUGGAAGUACGUGGAGGGUUGGUAAAAACUCCCAUCAGGAGCUGCAGCUGCAUCUAUUUCCUCCACUGCACUGACAUCUAGUGGUGAGAACGUCAAAGUACAGGCGUUUCCUUUUCCAAAUACUAAUUUUCUAAAAUUUCAUUUAUUAAAAUGACCUUUUAAUGUUAAAAGGAGCAGAAAUAGAAAUAAUGACCUAAACAUGAAAUCAGAAUCCAGUUUUUACCAACUCUUACUGCCUUCCCGUUUCCUGGGAGACGGCGACUCCCUCCACCUUCUUUCUGUAGCUCAUUCCUGCACCACCUGACGAUGGAUUGUAAAUCACUCGCUCUGAUUGUUAAUUUAUUUAGCGGUAAUCAAGCCGGCCUCUAGGUGGAGCUGUGGGGAUUCAGCCAGAGGUCGGAGGAAAUGGCUUUAUUUUUAGAGGGGUGAAUGUACCAUCAAAUGUGAAGAGAAGAACUUUUUUUGCUUUUUGUUUCUAAUUUUUUUGUGCUUUUAUUGUUUGACGCCGUUUUAUUGAACUCUGAAAGCACAAAACAAGUGAAGAGGAGGAGCGGCGCGCUGAGAUGAAGACUCGCUGACAACCCACCAAAGUCUGCAGACGUCAUCAGAAAAUCUCAUCUUUUCAGGCAAAAACGUUUGUGAUAAAUGAACUUUUUUAAUUUAAUGAAGACAUUGGAUCAUAUUUUUGUGGGAUUUAGGCAAAUAUAUGGAAAUAAAUGUGGAGAACUUUAAGUUUAACACUUAGAAGCAGUUUGUUGUUCUGAGAACUUGAACGUUGCUUUAUUUCAGAUUCUAAAACGUUGGAUCAAUUCUGAAUCUGCUUGGUUUUGUGGAUCAACGACUUUCAUUUUGAUAAAUGAAUAAUUAUCAAACUGACAGAAAACCGAAACGAAUGAAUGAAUGAAAUAAACAAUCAGAAAACAAAUCAGAAAGAGUUGAGACCAAAAAGAAAAUCGCUGCCAACGGGUUAAAAGAUAAACAUCAUAGGAAGUUUACCAAAAAACACGAAAAGGACAACAAAGUCUCAUCUAGAAAAAAGAAAAUUAGAAGUUCAAAUGACAAGAAAAGGAACAUUUUUAUCUCACAGAUGACAAAAAACUAAGAGAUAAGAUUUCUUAAAAAACAAAAAGUAGGACAUUUUAUCAGCUCUUAUUAGUAUUUAGUCCUUAACUCUAAUUUAUAAAAAUCUAAAUUACUUUUCAAAAAUCUUUGUCAGCAGAUGAUUCAUUUAAAUCCUGAAAUAAAAUAACUUAUUCUUGCUAAGUUAGCUAAAGAACACUUAAAAUGUUUAAAGCUAAUAUUUGACUUUAUCAAAUUUUCCCAGUAAAAAUUCUCCAGAGGCAGAGAUCUUUCUAAAUUUGACCUUUUAUGACGAAUUGUGAUUCAAAUUCCUACAUUUCUCUUUAAUCAACAGUUAAAUCAGAGGAAAAGUUCUAAAAUUUGAAUUAUUUUAAUUAACUUAAACACAGUGAUUCAAUUAUUUUCCUUUUUUUUUCUACAUUAAGUCAAAAAAAUAAUAAAUAAAUAAAAUAAAUGAUUUUUAUGAGCGUAUUGGAGCCGCUAUAACAGAGAAGUAAAUAAAUGUAUGAGAAUAAAGUUGUAAAAAUAUGAGAAAAACAAUCAAAAACGAAGUCAAAAUUUAUAAGUGAGUGAAAUGAACUUCUGAACAAAGUUCAGAUUUACAGAAAAACUGACACGAUUUAUUUAAUUUAAAAAGGUUAAACAAUGUUAAAGGUUUACUUACGAAAACUUAAAAUAAUAAACAUUUUACAGCUAUAUUUUAAAAUCAAUUUUAGAAAUAGCGCCUCCUUGUGGCAGCAGCAUGUAGGGGCAGGAAGAGCUGCUCCUGCAGGAGGUCCACGCCUGAUGGUGUUGGUUGGUGUGGAGGUCUCCGCCUGAACAGGACCGUCUUCUCAAUGUGAGCUUCAGGGGAUUCCAGGAGGAUUCCUCUUUUCAGGAACUUGUUUAUGUUUUUAGGAAUUGAGCAUUUUGAUUCUUUUUCUGGUGUUUUUUUCUUUUUUAAAGGUGUAAAAGUGUGAAAUCUCAUUUGCUGGUAAAACAUUCCGUUGCACAUUGUUUACUUUUUGUUCCAGUGCGAUGUUUUUAUUUUUAUUUGUGGGGAAUCUUGUCUAAUAUUAUUGAUCUGAAAUGUAAAUAUUCUGUGGCGGCGAAUGAGCCAUUUGACAUUUCUAUGAAAAUCUUGAGAUUAUGGAUAAAAGUGAUAUAAAUGAGCAGUUUUAAUAAACUAUAUUUGUUACAAUUCUAUGGUGAAUAAAACAGAUUUUAAUAUGA